AUGUUUUCGAGUAGUCGUGUGGGGCGGACGCUUAGAUUAGUAUCCCUCACGUUGGUGGAGUCCCCGGCCGCGGGUACGGCAUCGCUCAACCUGAAUCUCUCUCGUUCCAACCAAGCGCUCGCCUACGGCUUCAAACUCAAAGCCGAUGCCGCUUCUGACGGUGCUACGACUGCUCCAUUGCGUUACCGUUUAGUUGAAAUACCGCCGUUUUUGGGUGACGCGUCGCGUACGGUAGCCGCGCUUUUUCCACGUUCGCGUAUUCCUGAAGGGGGUGCGGUGUAUCUCAGCGCGGUGAAUGGCUUCUCAGCGAUAGACGCCAAGGGCAUGAUGCGCGCGCUCGUGGAGGGAAAGGACCAUGCAGUGCAGCUCACCGUUGAGGGGAUGUCAACGCUGCGCAAAGCGCGCGGCAGAAAAUCAGUAGAGGAGACCGCCGGUGAUGUGGAAACGGUGGUGCCAGCAGCAGAAUUGGAACGGAAAGCGGAAGGGAAGCCCGCUAAAAGGGGCCGGAAGAAAAUAAUGAAGGCAAAAACUAAGUUGAAGGAGCGAAAGUCACGCAAAACGGCACCGGCUGAAGUCGCCGAAGAUGCAGCCGAGGCGAACAAGACGACCUCUGAUGGGAUUGACGACAGCAUCGCCAAAAUAACCGCAGAGAUGCUGGGUAACCGCAGUUCUAACACUGACGCAAGUGCGGAUGAGGGUGGUGAACGUUCCAUCCCCAAAGCGCCCAAAGAACGAAAGGUAAGGCCCUCAAAACGUGAGAGCACGGGGAGGAAAGGGAAGGACGAAGAAAACGCGCCUGACGAGAUGUCGCCCACGGCCGCGGUCGAUUCCCAUAAGGCCUCACCCAAAGCGGAGGCCAUCGACGGCUGGGCCGGCAACCCCCUCCUAGACAGCACCGCAGCCAUCAUUCAGCUCACUCAGAGGCUCUCCACGCUUGUCCCGCCCGAUGAGGUUGAAGGCGUGGAGGACAAUUCUAAGGGCAAGGCGUCCCGUAAAUGGAAAGCGGUGGGUCAGCCGCCGGAGCAGGCCAAGGCUGAGCUUGACGAGCUGGACUCCAAGGCUGACGAGGGGAAGACACGUGACAAGAAAAAAUCACGUGACAAGCAGAAAGCGAGUGAUAUAGAGAAGACGAGGGACAAAGGGAAGGCGCGUGACCAAGAGAAGAAGAGUGUCAAGAAGCGCGUGGGCUCCUUGAAGAAGACAGAGUCCCGCCGCGCAACGGGCGAUGACGGCGAGAAGGGUUUAGAUGCUACUAUGAGUGCAGUGCCGGUCGGGGGGCGCGGCGCCAAGGCUCGUACUUACACCGCCGACGCGGAAGAACUUGACAGUAGUGGAUCGUUUACCCUGGAGUUAUAG